CAAUAAACAUGGCGGCACUUGGUAGGACGACACGAUGUUUACAUUCUCUGUUUUCAAAAGUACAGCGAGUGGUGACAUCACAAACCCGGAGUAUCGGUGAGACUUGGGUGGAUAGGAGCUGCAUUGAUCCAUGUACGGGACUGACUGAAGACCAAAGGGAGAUGCAUAGGGUUGCCCUAGACUUUGCAAAGAAGGAAUUAUUCCCUAAUAUGGCAAAAUGGGAUCAAGAGGAGAUAUUCCCUGUUGAUGUACUGAAGCGCUGUGCAGCCCUGGGGUUUGGCGCUGUGUACUGUAAGGAAGACUAUGGAGGCACUGGACUGACCAGACAGGAUGCCUCUAUGAUAUUUGAGGCCCUGUCCCAAGGGUGUGUCAGCACCACUGCCUACCUUAGUAUCCAUAACAUGUGCACUUGGAUGAUAGAUGAGUUUGGCUGUGAUGAACUGCGACAGAGGUUUAUACCAUAUUUAGCUUCACUGGACAAAUUUGCUUCCUACUGUCUCACAGAGCCAGAUUAUGGGAGUGAUGCAGCUAACAUUAGAACGACAGCCGUUGCAAAGGGGGACCACUAUGUUUUGAAUGGGUCCAAGUCUUUUAUAAGUGGAGGAGGAGAGAGUGAUGUGUAUGUGGUGAUGUGUCGGACAGGAGAAUCCGGAGCUAAAGGUAUAUCUUGUCUGAUAGUUGAGAAGGACUCUCCUGGGCUGUCAUUUGGACAAAAAGAAAAGAAGAUGGGAUGGAAUUCCCAGCCAACACGUCAGGUGAUAUUUGAGGACUGUGUGGUUCCCAUGGAGAAUGUGGUUGGACAGUUAGGGGAUGGCUUCAAGAUCGCCAUGAGGGGCCUGAACGGGGGCAGAAUUAAUGUUGCCUCUUGUUCACUUGGAGCUGCCCAGUCGAGUAUAGAACUUUGUAGAGAUUAUUUAAAAGUGAGGAAGCAGUUUGGAAAAACAUUAGAUAAUUUUCAGUAUUUACAGUUUCGGUUAGCUGAGAUGGCCACUAAUCUGGUUGUGUCCAGGAAUAUGGUAAGGACAGCGGCCCGAUCACUGGACGAGAACUGGCCAGAGAGGGUCAUCUUAUGUUCUAUGGCCAAACUUUUUGCCACAGAAGAGUGUUCAAAGAUAUGUAAUGAUGCAAUACAGCUCCACGGUGGGUAUGGGUAUCUGAAGGACUACCCAGUACAACAGUACACCCGCGACACCAGAGUACAUCAGAUUUUAGAAGGUACCAAUGAAGUUAUGAGGUUAUUGAUAUCAAGAGAUUUGCUGACAGAUGAUGAGAGGAAAUAUGUCUGAGGAAGUGCCAAUAGGACCUGAAUAACACUGUUAUAAUACAUGAUUCUGUGAUAUUUAAGGAUGACUUUUGAUAGCAGUACAACAUAAAAGCAUGUGAACAUUGUGUUUAAGUGAUCUGUCAGCCAUUCCAGUAGCUUUCGUCAUUAGUAACGUGAAAAUGUAAAUGUAAUCCUGUGACAAUUAAUCUCUGAGGGAACAUUUUGUUUAGUAAACAAUGCUGUGACAAGUCUCGGAAUGAAUGUUUUGUUUAGUAAACAUUUUUGUGACAUGUCUGCGAUUGAACAUUUUGUUUAGCAAACAAUGCUGUGACAAGUCUCCGAGUGAACAUUUUAUUUAUGCAUGUCUCAUGUCUCAUGAUGAAUGACAGUGAGUGACAGUUGUAUCUAUGACAGUUCAGCUCAGUAUACAUUCAUAUUUUGGUGUUUACACAUCUGUCGGUACAAGGAACAUGUAUACUUUUAUGUAUUAUAAUUAUAGAGAACAUUCCUAAUUAAUCUGCUGUAAUUACAGGCUCCUGAUGUCUAUACUCUCAUAUUGGCAAAGGAAAUCCUACUUUAGGGUGAGCUGCUGCAUCACAAGGAAGAUGCUAGCUUAUUUUAAUGACUAUUUUUGAUAUGGAUAUAUAUGGGGACGGGCUAGUAGAGCCCCAUCAGUGCCAUCAACCAAACCUUUUUUAAGUCUUUUAGCAGUCGGGGCAAGGAUUAAAAAUGUGUCUCUUUCCAUCCGUUAGUUCUGGAAUAACCAUAUGGCCUAUAAUGCAAAUACCCCGACAUCCAAAUGAGUUCCUGGUGAACCAUCAAGGUGUCCUUUGCCUGUUGAGAUUGACCCCUACUCAUCUGCUUAGUUAAGGAGUGGAUGUGUGUUUAAUUCAUGUCAAACAAAAUAUAUAUUUUUAACUUAAACAUCAUCCUGAUUUAUGUACAUUGUACGUUAUAUAAGAUUUGGACAGAAGAAGCUAUUAAAUGCAUUUGAUUCUGAAUAAUCUAUUAUAUUUUUUUUCACCUUCACAUAGGUAAUGUCCAACCCACUCAAGAAAUAUUGUUGAAAAACAGCAUAAACAAUAAACUGACAUUUCUGGCAUUUCUUUGUUUCUAAUAAUAAAUUGUGUUGUGAAUCA